GUUCGUUCUUUUUCAGUGUGUAUGUUUCCAAGUGAAACUUUUCAUAAUGUAAACGCAGUAACCUGUUUAUUAAAUAGAUUGGGCAAGGCCACAUACAUAUCUUUUUUAUUAUUACACAUUAUCUCUGGCGCGGAUUGAGAGACAGUACUUUGGAAUGAGUUGGUUGUAGCAGUUUGUUCUGCUAACGAUUUGGUAUUAUUAAUUGGUGUAUAUGCAAGUCGCGAUACGCUCGUCGUUUUUUCCCACUUUUUUCUGACUUUUUGUUGGUGUGCUUUGGUGGUGUUCACUGCUUAUUUGUUUAUUUUCUAUCAUUUGUUGUUUCGGCGGUCGUGGCCAUUUUGGUAACCAGCUCUUCGAAAAUUGCUACGGUACUUUUAUGUGACGGUACUUCUCGAUGUUCGGUUUCGAUGAUCCAAGCCGUCCACCUGUGUAAUAGCAUGAAGUUCAGCUAUCACUACACGUGGAACAGGGAAAUUGUGUUCAAUUCUCAGAAAUUGGUUAAAAGACGACGCUGACACACCUUUGCCGGAAGCCUCCACGAAUUCUCCUUUCCUCCCUUUGCCCAAAGUCUUUCUUCUUUUUAUUCCUUCAAUUAUUCUUGUAUUUCAUUUUUGCCAAAAAUUUUUUACUUGCCGUCCAUCAGCAAUGGCUGUAUGUUAUGAACCUUUUGUUAACUGGUUAGAAGACAAAUCCAUUCCAAUUUUCGAAGAUGUCGGUCAAUCUACCUGUUCUCCGACAAAUUCUUCUGUUCAAAUCAAACCCGAACAGCACAUUAAUAACAUCUCACUUGCGGCACUACAGUCCGAUACUCAAACACUUCUCCAGGAAUUCGAAACAAUUUUUGAUCAAGUUGAAAUGACCCACGUUGCUCUCACUCCACCUCACAGUCCUCAAGACAAAUCUAAGCUUCACACUCUUCUUCCUAUUCAUGAGAAACAAGUCCAAAACUUUACACCGCCAGUCGGAUUUAUCGUUCAUCCGCAGACCCAUAUAGAUGUAAAUUAUCAUAAUGUUUCACCACCAACACCUCAACUUGACGUGGAUUAUGAGUUAGCAGAGGUCGAGGAGUUGGUGAGAACACGGGUGCAAGACAUGGUUCACAGUCCCCUAUCUCCCACAACGAGCAGUAGCAAUUUCGGAGAUUGUUCCUCAGACGAUCCAGAAUGGACGCCUGAACUGACAGAAUCGCCACAACUUGCACCGGCACUCGGAAAGUUUCGCGAAAGCCGUCGUCAGAAACCUUAUGCCAGAGCAUCGAAUGAAGAUAAGAAAUCUAGGAAGAAGGAACAAAAUAAGAAUGCGGCUACACGAUACCGUUUGAAAAAGAAGGCGGAAAUUGAAGAGAUUUUGGAAGAGGAGAGGAAUUUGGCUAAAAAAAGGGGCGAAUUGGAUAAUCAGAUAAUCGAUUUGAAGAGAGAAAUCAAGUACUUAAAGGGUCUAAUGCGAGAUUUGUUUAAGGCAAAGGGAUUAAUGAAGUAAACAAUAAAACAGCUAAUCCUUACAAUUAUAUCCGACUAUAUUUUAUUAUUACAUAUUAAAUACAUAAACGCAAUUAACUUUAGGAUUUAGGCUCGUAAGUUUCUGGUUUCUAUUUUUUUUUCUGUUAAAUAUAAACGGUUUUGUCGCUUCGACAUUAAUUAUCAAAUUAAAAGACGGUCGUCAAUUUUCGUCAAGGAGCGAAGAUGGUUUACCCACUCUCAUAUUCUGCCGUAAAGUUAACCCAACCCUAGUAUGUAAGGAAAGAUGUUUAAGUUGAAUAACACUUAGUUCAUAAUUUUACUUUUUCUUUUUUAAUUUGUGUUUACUCAUAGCAUAAUAAUUUUGUAAUUCAUGUAUAAUAUUACUUUACGUCAGCUUUUUUCUGAUGGUGAAUAAUCUGUAUUGUAAUGACAAUGUAAUAUAAGAAGAUUGAUGUUGCAUCACGGCAGUUAAUUAACUCAAACAUUUUAAAUAGUUUUCUUAUAAACACAUUUUGUAACUAUUAAUGGUUUUAGGUUGUAAUAACUAUUGUGGUAAAUUGGUGCAAUUAAAUAUCGUUCAAUUGGA